UCAUAAGAGUCUCUCUGUGUGCAUCAAGUAAAUUGUUGAGUUUUGUUAAAUUGCUUUUAAUUGUUUACGAUUUGUUGUGUUUGUUUUUAAGAUGAUUUUGAGUGUACAUUUUGAUUUUGUUGCUAUUUUAUUGAAUUGUGCUUACAUUUGUUUUGGUCUAUUGAUUGUUAAUCAUGUUCUCGGGUUUAUCCAACGUUUGAAUCGUUUGCCCUCUGGCCCUUGGGGUUUACCUGUUGUUGGUUAUUUGCCUUUUACUCGUGACGAUACUUAUGUACAAUUUGGUGAAUUAGCGGUCAAAUAUGGUCCAGUUUUUAGUGUUAAAUUGGGAAGUUAUGAUGUUGUCGUUCUUGCUGAUUGGAAGUCAAUUAGGGAAGCUUUUUCUAGUGACCAUUUGCUUAGUCGUCCGAGAGAAAAUUUUUUCGGCGAUGAGUUGAAAGACGUUUCGUUUACCGAAAUGUCCGGUGACCCGUGGAAAGAACAGCGUCGAAUUGCAAUGACCACUUUGAGAAAUGUUGGCUUGGGAAAGUCCAAAAUGGAAGAUCUUAUUAGAGAAGAGAUUGAUUCGUUUUUGAAUGAACUGAAAACGACCGAUGAGAGGCCAUUUAAGUUCAUCGAUAAGGUUAAAUUGUCCAUUCCAAAUAAUGUUUCCAUCUUAUUGUUUGGUCAUAAAUAUGAUUACGAUGAUCCAGUUAAAGUGGAAUUGGAAAAAAACUUGGACAAUGCAGAUUCUGUCGGUCAUUUUAUAUCCUCUGGCGUAUUCAUGCCUUGGAUUACCAAGUUUCUUAUAUUCUUUAAUUAUCUUGAUAUGAAGGAAAUGAUAAAAAUUAUCAAACGUACUGAUUGUUUCGUACAAAUUGAGAUUGAUAAACAUCUAGAAAAGAUGAAAACUAGUGAUACUAAAGAAAUAGAAGAUUAUAUCGAUGGAUUUCUUCAUGAGAUGGACAAAAGAGCCGACGAGAACAACUCGAACUUCAAUCGAGAAGUUUUAUUGAGAAAUACUUCUGCUUUCUACAGCGCUGGUUCGAGCACAAUUCAAAGUACAUUGAAUUGGACGAUGGCUUAUUUGGCCGCUUAUCCAGAGUACCAAGAAAAGAUCCGAGAUGAAAUUAGAGAGACAAUUGGUUUCGAUAGAUUACCUAAUAAUGUUGACCGACAACGAAUGCCUUUCACGAUCUCCUUCAUAUAUGAAGUGCAUCGAAUGGUCUCAUUGGUGCCGAUCAAUUUACAGCGACGAGCAACCGCUGAUGUAAAAAUCGGCGAUAAACUGAUACCUAAAGAUACUUUGGUUCUAUUCAACUUUUGGUCUGUUCAUCGAGACUCUUCAUUGUAUCCUGAGCCUGAUAAAUUUGACCCUAAUCGUUUCCUUAUCGACAAUGGUACUAAAGCCGUUAAACCUCAACAUUUGAUACCUUUCAGUGGCGGUAAACGAGUUUGUCCCGGUGAAAGUUUAGCUAAUCUUCAAUUGUUUCUCUAUGUUGUUUCAAUUUUACAAAAAUUCAAAGUCUUACCUGAACCAGGUAAACAAAUCUCAUUCGAGUCAAGGUACAAUGGUGGCAGGCAACCAAAGAAUCCAAUCUAUGUAAUAUUCAAACAAUUGACAAUCCCAGAGACAAAAGGAUAACACUCAUAACAAUCUAAUAAUAAUCUAUUGGUACAACUUUUCCCUUUGGACAUUUCAUUUGUUCCGUUAUGACAAAAUUCAGUUGAUAUUAUUCAGAAUGUUAAGAUAAUCUUCAAGUUUAUUUCACUAUUAAUACCCAAGAGUAAAGUGAUAUUACAUUAUUUUGACACUUGAAAUGUAAACAAAAGAUUCAUUCAUAUUCAUAUUUCAGGAACUUUUCAUCUCGUUUCAUUGUUGUUUUUCAUUAUUAUUCACAAAAUGUAUUCAGAUAAUUGAACAUAAUAUUUAACAUGAACGAUAGUGAUUUAAGAUUUGAUUCCUUUGGUACAUUAGGACUACUAAUUCAUUAAGAAUUAUUCAUUUUCUCUUCCUCAAAAUGUUAAAGUAAAACAAUAAUCUUGAAAAAGUCACCCCGAUUUUCACCAUAAA